AUCUCAAACUUUUUCGAGUGGUUCAUAAAAAAAUCACCAAAUCUCUCUCAGAGUUUGUAAUAAGGGAAAAUGAUGGGCGGGGGAAGGGUAUACUGGGGGAAGAAGGCGGAUAAGGAGAUGGACGACGGAGGAUGUAACGGCGGCGUGGUUGUGAUGUUCGCUUGGAGUUCGAUUAGCGAGAACCACCUCGCGAGUUUCGUUCAUGUCUACUCUUCUCUUGGAUGGAAUUCGCUUGUUUGUCGCGCUGAUUUUCUCACUGCGUUUUACCCAGAAAUGGCUCUCUCUCUAGCAUUCCACCUUCUUUCUGACCUUGUUGAGGAGCUAAGGACCAGACCAUGUCCUGUUAUCUUUCUAGCUUUAUCUGGAGCUCCAAAAGCCUGCAUGUACAAAGUCUUACAGGUGAUCAUGGGUGAUUGUGAAGCUCAGAUUCAUCCGGAUGAUAGCCAGUUUGUUAGAAACUGUCUUUCUGGACAUGUCUACGACUCUGGCCCAUUGGAUUUCACUAGUGAUUUGAAUGCGAAAUUCGCACUUCACCCCACCAUACGGCAAAUGUCUGUGCCUUCAAGACUAGUAUCUUGGGUGGCCAAAGGGGUUUCUUCUGGGCUUGAUGGUUUAUAUCUUACAAGAUUUGAAUCCCAACGUAGUGAGUAUUGGCAGGCCCUCUACUCAUCUGUUGAAAUUGGAGCUCCAUAUCUCAUUUUAUGCUCCGAUAAUGACGAACUUGCUCCUCACCAAGUAAUUUCAAGCUUCACCCAUCAGUUGCAGGAACUGGGAGGAGAAGUUAAAGUUGUCAAGUGGAAAAACUCUCCUCAUGCAGGACACUAUAGGCAUAACCCUAUACAAUACCGAGCUGUUAUCUCCAACUUUCUAGAGAAAGCCAUAUCUGUUCACUCACAGAAAAUCCGACAGCUUGGAGAAAGAGCUCACACGCAGGAUGAGAUCUCUGACCUAAUAUGCGACCUUCAGAAAGUAGCUGUGAACUCUAACCAAAGCCUAAGAAGAGUAGCAACUGGGCCAAGUGAUCACUUUUUCUUACCAAGCUCAGCACCGUAUCAAAGCAACAACAACAAUGAUGCAUCGUCUUCACUAGAAGAACAGAGAGAUAGAUCUUCCUUCCGCCCGCUCCAACCAACGAGCAUAAACGCUCACAGUGUUCUCGGGCAGUUCCUAUUUGACUCGUGUGUUCCAAAAAACAUCGAAGGCUGGGAUAUCAGAUUUGGUGGUUCUCUCAACGGGCAACCGUAUGCCACUUCAACUUCCCGUAAAAGCUCGAAUCUUGGUUUCAAGAAACGCGUCCUCCGUUCAAGACUAUGAUGAACUUGGGUGGGAAACUGAGUAAGGUACAUGCGUUAAAGUGAACCACGUGGGACGUAGUAGAGAUAUGUUUAGAUGAAGGAGAGGGUUGUAUAGAAUGCGGCAAGAUGUAAAAUAGAGUGACGGUUACUACGACCUAUCAUACCUGAGAGUGAAUCUUUGAAAUGGUGCGAGUACAAGUAUCAGAAUAAGUCUGUAGAUGGACAUAUCUUGUACUUGUGUUAAUAAAACAACACUGUAAAAUGUAAAAGUACACUAGUGUAUGUUAUUGUAAAGAUUAUAAUGACUACUUACCUUAUUUGUA